GCGUUUAUAAACUGGGCUCUUCGUCUCGGUGGUUUGAUGCCUGACAAAAUGUGCGUGAGAAGAUAUCUUGGAUUUGUCCUCUUGGUUGGCCUUCAAGGAGUGCUGCAUGGUCAAACGUCAGAGCAGCCGUGUUCAGCUCCCAGCCUGGAUGGUGGUUAUUGGGUCCCUAAACGAGACUUGUAUAACCAUGAGACAAAGCUCCCUUAUUCCUGCGAUAAGGGACGUAAACCAGCAGUGGAGGGGUGGUGGGCGACCAGCACGUGUCUCAAUGGCAACUGGUCCCCUAAACCACAAUGUAUAGAUGAUAAAGCCUGCACUGCAGCAGAUAUAGCCAAUGCAAAAUACACAGAAACGCCAGAAAGUUGGUAUGAGGAUGGACAAACAAUUAGGAUAACAUGUAAUGAAGGAUAUGUCCUUAAAGGCAGGAAUGACGAAGCCGAAUGUAACAAUGGGAAAUGGUCCUCUGUGCCGGUCUGUGAGAAAAGUCUCCAUGUGUGUGGAGAGCCCCCUCAAAUCCCCCACGCAGUCAUUCGCCAGGGAUACCAGGACUUGUUUGCUGCAUAUACAGAACUGCAGUAUGAAUGUGAAGAAGGAUAUUCUGUAGAGGGAGCAGACACCAAAGCAUCCAUCAAUUGCAUCGAUGGGAACUGGAAAGACGGCCCGGUGUGCAGCAAGUGGGACACUGAACUGGGUGCUGGACUGGUUGCUGGACUGGGUGUAGAUGUUGGAGCAGGUGGCAGACAACCUGAAGUUGAAGCCAGCUCCUGUUCAGUGGACACGGAUCAAUAUGAUGAGUUCAAAUCUGUUGGAGUUAGAAACAUAGCACAUGGUGAGCAGCUGUAUUUGGAAUGCGAGCCGCAGCCUGGGUGGUACUUGACUCACUACUCUAGGGCCACGUGCGACAAUGGAAGAGUUAUACGGAGCAGAUGUUGUAGCUCGGCGGAACUGCAAUUUAAUGUUUGCUAAGGCUGUCAUCGAGGGGAAGAUGCUGCUGAAACCUGCCUGGAGCCAUUUGGGAGAAAAAUGAGAUAUUGUCAGAAAUGGGUUUUUCAUAAACCGUUUCAGACAUUUUGUAUUUAUCUGUGAAUGGCCACAUAAUGGAAUUAGUGUGCAUGCUUGAAGCUGCAAAAAAUAACAUCUCAAUAAAGUCUUGAAUAUCAACACUAA